CAACGGUAGACAAGUGAGAAAGCAAAGACAUGGUAGAGAUUCUUCUAGGAGCAUCACCUCCUCUACUUCAGUGCUCUUCUUAUCCUCUGGGAGUGUCAGGAAGAAAAUUGUUGAAGUGCUCAUUGGGGCUACCAAGUAAGGUUCUGACUAAGCAUGUCUUAUCUGGGCUUUCUGCUUCCUUGUUAUUUAUUUCUCCAGUAAAUCAGUCUGUAGCAGCAGAUCUAUCUCCUCAACAAAAUAUAUCGCAGCUUGCCAGUGGCAGUGAUAAUGCAGUUACUCUACCAUUUGAGAACGGGUCUAAUGAGCAAGUUGCAAAUCUGAUGAUGAUGAGAGGUAUGACAGCCAAGGAUUUUGACCCUAUCAGAUAUUCGGGAAGAUGGUUUGAAGUUGCUUCACUAAAACGUGGAUUUGCUGGACAAGGCCAAGAAGACUGUCAUUGCACUCAGGGUGUAUAUACAUUUGAUAGGGAAGCACCAUCUAUCCAAGUUGAUACUUUUUGUGUUCAUGGAGGCCCUAAUGGAUUUAUUACCGGAAUUAGGGGAAGGGUUCAAUGUGUUUCGGAAGAAGAUUUGGACAAAAAUGAAACACAGCUAGAGAAGCAGGAAAUGAUCAAAGAAAAAUGCUAUCUCCGCUUUCCUACAUUGCCAUUCAUUCCCAAGGAACCUUAUGAUGUGAUUGCUACUGAUUAUGACAACUUUUCUCUUGUUUCAGGAGCUAAAGACAGAAGUUUUAUUCAGAUAUACUCAAGGACACCUAACCCUGGACCCGAAUUUAUAGAGAAGUACAAAUCUUACUUGGAAAACUUUGGAUAUGAUCCAAGCAAAAUUAAAGAUACACCCCAGGAUUGCGAAGUUAUGUCCAAUAGUCAGCUGGCAGCAAUGAUGUCCAUGUCUGGAAUGCAGCAAGCACUAACAAACCAGUUUCCUGAUCUAGCACUGAAGGGCCCUAUUGAAUUUAAUCCCUUCACAAGUGUAUUUGACACUUUGAAGAAGCUUGUUGAGCUUUAUUUUAAGUAGUAACUAAUAACUAUAGCCCAAUUAAGUUACGUCAUGUUUUAUUUGUAAGACACUUACUGCUUCUACAUUCUUGUACUUAACGAAUAGCAAUCCUUUAUCGCAGCCUGUGUAUCUGGUGAAAUCGUGUGUAUAUGGGGGUCUUAUCUUUAUAUAAACGUUUGUCCAGUGUGUAUACUGUGUUUAAAGAGUGGAUAAGA